ACAAAAUACAAAAAGGAUGGACAUCACAGUGGCCAUGUGUGACAGAGAAGGUGGUGGUGAAUGUGAGGAAGAAGAUGAGUGAAAAAUGAGAACCCUCAUGGAGAAAAUGAACAUUAGUGGGAAUCAUUGAAGAUUAGGGUUUGUGCGCCAUGUGGAAAUGAGGAAGAAGAAAGCCUUUUAACUUAUCAAAAUGAAUUAAGUUUAAUUUAAAGCCAAUUGGGAUUAGUUUAUGACCGAUUGAAGUUAAUUAGAAUUAAGUUGUAAGUAUAUUAAAAAUGAAUUCUCUGAGCGCAUAAAUUGACAGUAUCUUCACCCUCUUUCGGUAUUGAAUAUAUAUUAGCCAUCAUGUUUUGAUCCAUAUUGAGUACUUGAAGUAAAUUGGAAGAUUAAAAAUUACCCUAUGAAGUUCAGAUGAAGGCAGUAUGAUUAAGCCCCUUGGUGUUCUGUAUCGAUUUGUUGCCACUAGUUUGUCCAAAAAUAUCAAUAGAUAGAAAACGGACCUAAUUUUAAAGGCUAUUUAUAAUUAAUACAUAAAACAGGAAAAAAAGAAAAUUAGUGUAGAGGCUAUUGAUAUUUCUUGUGCUUUCUAGGGCCAGUAAUAUUGCUGUAUUAUUAUUUUCCCUUUUUAUAUAUCCCAUUUAGCCUGUUUGAGCUUGAGUUUCAUGUAUAACAAUAUCCAUGGUGAUAAUGAUGAAGUGUUUUUCUUAGCUAUCUUCUUCUCAUGUCCCUAAUGUGGUAAAGGCUGUAAUUUAAUAAGGGAUGAUCCUUUGCUUUUUUAAUGACCUGAUCCUUGAAAAAUCCAAAACAAAAAUAAAUGAAAAUGAAAACCACAGAGGAGAAAAUGAACAUGAGUGAGAAUCAUUAGAGAUUAGGGUUUGUGCAUAUGUGGAAAUGAGGAAGAAGUCUAAUUUUGAGUCAAUUGGGAUAAUAAGUUGAUGACUAAUUAAAGUUUUUUAGAAUUAAUAUGUAAAUAGAAUAAAAAUUACUUUUCGCGUAUUCUGAGCCCCUUGUUUUGUCCUCUUCUCUGGUUGCUUAGCAACUAAGCAAACCCAACUUUUGCAGUGAAAGUAGUCCACUUGAGUGUUCACAACUUUACACUUCACCCAUUGAAGUUAAAAUACCAGUAAGAAUUGAUGAUGAGAUGUGCCAAAGUUAACCUAGCUUGAGGCCUUCUCAGUAUGCCAUUGGUUCCAAGCUUAGAGUCCUGUGACUUUUUCUGUUGCAUCCAACCAUCUGUGACCACAUCAUCAACCUCACCUAGGCCCUCCCGCAAAUAAUACUGAAAUAAUCGGUUCUAGAAAGUCCCCAAAGGAACCUAGGCAAGCAAGUCGAAAAGUCACCCAAGUCAAGUCAAGCAUUGAUACUGUACUGGAAAAGAGAUUGGGAACCCGCCAUGAAACAUCCUCUUCAUCCUAAAUAUCAAGAUUACCCUUGUAGAUCAAGUGCGAGCCACCCCACCCAUUCCCUCUCUGCUCUCAAAAGAGAUUCUAGAUUGCUUGAAUGCUCCUCUACUUAGUCCCCCACGCUCACAUUCAACUUCAGCAACCUCAGAUCUGAGAGGAAAAAAGAAAGUGUAGGCUGGAAGUGUAGUGUGUGAUACUGUGAUUGGCAAUGGAGAAAGAGGGAGUUCCUGCAAAAGGGGGCAUUUUAGCGAGUAUUUCGAAUAAGAAAGCCAAAGUGAAUUCACUCUUCAAAUCUUUCUCUGAGUCCAUCACUGGAGCGGUUUGGGGGCUCAAGUCGUUUGUAACCUCUCGCAGUGAAAAACCUGGGGAAGUGCAUUCAGGGGUCAACACCCAGGUAGACAACUCCUCAGAAAAGAAAGUGGUGGUUCAGGUGGCUGUUGAGGAGGGAGAGAAAGUGAUUGUUCCGGUGGCUCCAGAGGAGGGAGAGAAAGUGGUGGGUCAGGUGGCUACUGAGGAAGUUCAGGUGGCUCCUGAGCAGGAGGAGAAAGUGGUGGUUCGGGUGGCUCCUGAGGGCGAGAGAGUGAUGGUUCAGGUGGCCCCUAAGGAGGGAGAGAAAGGGGUGGUUCUGGCGGCUCCUGAGGUGGGAGAGAGAGUGGUGGUUCUGAUGGCUCUUGAGGAAGGAGAGAAAAUGGUGGUUCUGGUGACUCCUGAGGGAGAGAAAGUGAUGAUUCAGGUGGCUCCUAAGGAGGGAGAGAGAGUGAUGGUUCAGGUGGCCCCUAAGGAGGGAGAGAAAGGGGUGGUUCUGGCAGCUCCUGAGGUGGGAGAGAGAGUGGUGGUUCCAAUGGCUCUUGAGGAGGGAGAGAAAAUGGUGGUUCUGGUGGCUCCUGAGGGAGAGAAAGUGAUGAUUCAGGUGGCUCCUAACGAGGGAGAGAAAGGGGUGGUUCUGCUGGCUGCUGGGGGAGAGAAGGUGGUGGUUAUGGCAGCUCCUGAGGUGGGAGAGAGAGUGGUGGUUCCGAUGGCUCUUGAGGAGGGAGAGAAAAUGGUGGUUCCGGUGGCUCCUGAGGGAGAGAAAUUGAUGAUUCAGGUGGCUCCUAAGGAGGGAAAGAAAGUGAUGAUUCAGGUGGCUCCUGAGGAGGGAGGGAAAGUGAGGGUUCUGGUGGCUCCUCAGGAGGGAGAGAAAGUGGUGGUUCUGGUGGCUGCUGAGGAGGGAGAGAAGAUGGUGGUUCUGGUGGCUCCUGAGGAGGGAGGCAGAGUGGUGGUUUCGAUGGCUCUUGUGAAGGGAGAGAAAGUGGUGGUUCCGGUGGCUCAGGUGGCUCCUGUACCAGCAAAAGAGAGCAUUUUGGUGCGUGUGUGGAAAAAGAUGGAUGAGGCUUCCACUUGGGCGAAAGCCAAAGUGAAGUCCGCCUUGAAGCUCUUCUCUGAGUUGAUUACUAAUACUGUUCUGCGGCUCAGGUCGUUUGUCACCUCUUGCCCUGAAAAACUCAGGGAAGUGCUUCCAGGGAUCAACACCCAGAUAGACAACUUGUCUGAAAAGAAAUUGGUGGAGGUUCGGGGGGUUCCUGAAGAGGGUUCCCUUCCGCAUGAGAUGAAGAUGCUGGUUCAGAAGGUGAGGAAGCUGGUGGAGCAAUGGUUCGGGCCUGACAGCAGCCCUGAAAUGAAGCAUGUAGGCUUCAAAUUGAGAUGGUCUCUUGAUUUGGUUCAGGGGUUGAUUGAGUUGUGUGAGUAUCUUAAGCAGCCUGCGGUCCUCAUAUGGUUUCUUCUUCUUAAUGGAUAUAGGAUGUACCGCGGUAGCAACAGAGCAGGUGGAGUUGAGAUAGUUUCAGUGCAUGAAGGUAGAGCUUCCAUGGCCUUUGGUACUCUUGCAACUCUCGUUUUAUCUCCUUUGAGGUCAGAGUGUGGUUAGGUUUUGGAGUUUGGGGCCAAAACCUCAUGGCAAAACAAAUAUCAAGCACCCUCUUUUAACAAAAUAGCCCUCUUGUUUGCCUUAAGGAGUGGCUACAAUAAAUGUUAUUCAAAAAAGAAAAGAGGAGAUUUGGCUCAAAAUGAGAGGUUUUCUGGGUUUGUGCGAAGUUCAGCUUUUGUUAGUAUGUGUGAAGCUGUCUUGUUGAUGGGUAUUUUUGCAGCUACGUCUUCCCUCAGAUGGGAUUUUGCACUGUAAAAUUGUGAAAUCAUUCUACUGUCUUUUCAAUGUA